UGUUUCCGGGUGCUGCUGAGCCUAGGCGCGAGGCGCUGUCGGCCAAGGCAUCAUGAGCGGCUCUGAAGAGCAGAAGCAGCUGCAGCUUCUCAGCAGCCUGAAAGACCAAGCUAUUGGUGAAUAUGAAGAUUUAAGAACAGAAAAUAAGAAAACAAAAGAAGAGUGUGACAAAAUCAAACAGGAGAGAGAUGAAGCAGUCAAAAAACUGGAGGAGUUUCAGAAAAUUUCCCACAUGGUCAUUGAGGAAGUCAGUUGCAUACAGAAUCACCUUGAAAUUGAGAAGACAUGUCGUGAAAGUGCAGAAGCUCUGGCUACAAAGUUGAAUAAAGAAAACAAGACUCUGAAAAGAAUCAGUAUGUUGUAUAUGGCAAAACUGGGGCCAGAUAUCAUUACAGAAGAAAUCAACAUAGAUGAUGAAGAAUCAUCCACAGAGAUAGAAGGUAGUCCUGCUGCAUGUGAUUCAGCACAGUGCCAUCAGCUAAUAAAAGAUCUGCAAGAUCAAAUUAUAUCUCUUCAGGAGGAAAAGAAAAACAUAGUUAUUGAGCUGGAAAAUCUGAGAAGCAAAUUUGUCGAAGAUGCUGUAGAAGUAAAUAAGGCAAAGGAGGAAAAUGCAGCUCUGACAGCUGAAGUUUAUAAACAGCAGAAAGUGUUGGAAAAAUGUAAUCGAGUGUCUGUACUGGCAGUAGAAGAAUAUGAAGAACUGCAAGUAAACUUUGAAUUGGAGAAAAAUCUGCGGAAGAGAGCAGAAUCAUUUGCACAGGAGAUGUUUAUUGAACAAAAUAAGCUGAAAAGGCAAAGCCAGCUUCUGCUGCAAAGCUCGGUACCCAAUGAGCAACUUCUGAAAGCUCUGGAGGAAAAUGCAAAACUGAAUGUAAUGUUAGAGGAAGAGAGACUGCAACACAGGCAAAAGGUUAAAGAAUUAGAGGAGCAACUAGAAAAUGAAGGCUUGCACAAGGAAAUCAAAUCCCUUAAAGAACAGAUGGAACUUCUAGAGGAAGAUAAAAAGGAAUUGGAGGGAAAAUGUCAGAGUGCUGAAGAAAGAGUUAAAAAUCUAAAACAUUCAGUUGAUGAACUUCAAAAACGGAUACACCAAUCAGAAAACUUAAUACCACCCCCACCUCCUCCAUUGCCACCUCCACUUCCUCCUCCUCCAAAUCCAAUAAAGUCCCUCAUGUCAAUGAUUCGUAAGAAGUCUCAUCCAAACAGCAACACAACCAAGAAAGAAAAGGCACCUCUGCAAGAAUCAGGAGAAAUAACAGAUCUGAAGAGACAAGCAGUGGAAGAAAUGAUGGAUAGAAUUAAAAAGGGGGUUCACCUUAGACCUGUUAAUCAGACGAGCCGUACUAAGAGAAAGCCAGAAGUUCCCAAGGCCUCUGAGAGUGCAGUGAAAGAACUAAAGGGAAUUUUGGAAACACUGAAUACAUCUGCAAGUUCAAGAAGCCUGAAAUCCCUUGACACAGACAGCAAUGAAACAGAAUUAGAAAGAAUCUUGAGGCUUAGAAAGGUGACGGCAGAGCAAGAUAGCAGCAGUCCAGCUGGAAUCUUGGCUACUUGUGAAUCCAAAUCCAUGCCAUUGUUGGGUUCUGUUGGAACACAAUCUGCAUUGAACAAGGAAAUUCUAGAGACAGAUUUCAGCCACAAAUCUUCAAAGUCAGAUGAUGAACAUCAUAAAAUGAUUGAAUAUGCAAGUACCAAAGUUACUACUCAGUUACCAAGCAAUGUGGGGCUUUCAAAUAAAGUUGCUGAUAUGGAAAAGCAAAUAGAAUCCAUUGUAGUAUUGAAUCCUGAGAAAGCAAAAGAGCAGAUGCCUGAACAUCUGAAUCAAGGCAAGACGAAAGAAGAAAAAGGUCAACAGAUUAAUAAAGACACUAGUGUCGAGAAAACAAAAGAGACAGACAGCUCUCACUGCUAACUGAUGUGCUAAAAGACGUUAACUUCUAGAAGUCCCUUUCAGGGAGUGCAUUUUGUCUGAAUGAAUUGGAAAGGGCUAUAUUCUGUUUUCUAAUGUGAUAGUUUAUGAUAGUUUACUGAAAUACACUUUUAUAUUCAUUUUUCAUUUUGUGCAUUAGACUAUAGAAUUAUAUAUAAUCCCAAAUAACAAAUUUGGACUUCUUACUGCUGUAGUUAACAAAGUUUCUUCUAUGUUACUGCAUUUGUUUCUUAAAUUAUACAAAGUAUCAAAAUUUAUUUUGGUAAUGUUAUUUUGUGUUAAUAUCUUCUUUAAGACUUAAUUCAAAGCCUGGUGAAAUUGAUUGAAAAGAUAGAUCAGGCCAUAUUUGGGUAAUUUGUUUGAUUACAGAAUGAUAAAUAUGACCAGAAAUCAAUUCUAAUAGAUACAAGAUUCAGUAUAGGUGGACAUCUCUGCAACGCUCAUGAAAAUAUCUUCUAAUUAAAUAUAUGUUAUGAGUUUGUUUUAAGCUGUUACAUCUUCAUCCCCUUGCAGAUGAGAGGGAAACUAAAAGUAAUGACUUCCCUGGGUUUUAAACCCUUGUCUGCUGAAACCAUUUUUAAUUGAUUUAUAGGUUUUGAACACAGAAGAGGCAUGCAGCAGGGCAGCAGCCCUAGUUAAGUGGGUUUACUGACCAACCAGGUCACCUGAGGAAGCUCACCGGGGGAAGAUGGUGACCUGGCUGCCCCUCUCUGUGCCUUUCUGAUCAUAAGGCAGCCACGUGCUGCCUGCCCUGCCUCCCUUUGCCCAGCCUAGUACUGCAUCCACAUGCAGGGAGGGGAAGGACUUGGCUUUGGAGGUGCUUCUUUGCAGUGGGCCAGGGAGAGGGAUGGUGGGGCAGGCACACAGGGCUUCAGCGGGCACAAGGAACUGGAGGCGUCUAUUCCACCCCCCCC